AUGAAACGAAUUCUUGUUUCUUCAGACAAGUAUAUGGGACCUCCAAUUGAAUAUGUCAUGGAAAUUUUGGAAUUGGUGUUGACACAAAAUUAUUUUCGAUUUGAACUUGAGUGGUACAGACAGUCAGCAGGUACAUCUAUGGGGGCGGCUAUGGCCCCGAUGUAUGCAAAUGGAUACAUGUUUGAAUUUGAAACCCAACAUAUAUUGGAACCUUUUAAUGACAUCAUUUUAUCAUACGGUCGUUACAUCGACGACAUUUUUAUGAUCAUUAAGGGAGAUAACAGUACUGCAGAAUCUAUGGUCCAGUAUAUUAAUUCAUGUACAUUGAAUGUACAGUUAACCAUGACAAUGGACCCGCUUACAGUGGACUUCCUAGAUGUACGGAUCAUACGGGAAGGCAAUAAGUUGGCAUAUACGCUCUUUACAAAAACAACUGAUCGCAAUACUCUACUUCAAGCAAAUAGUUUUCAUCCAAAUGCUCUCAAACAUUCUCUACCAUAUUCUCAAUUUCUUAGGGUCAUGAGAAACAACUCGGCUAAGGCCGAGGAACAAUUGGGCCUUAUGUGGAAAAAGUUCCAACAACGUGGCUACACUGAGUGUGUGCUACGUAAAGCGCUUGAUAAGUGCUAUCUAUCACAAGCCAAUUUGGAAGCUUCAUCGAGAAAGAAAUUGGUCUUUCCAACAACAUACACCACAGCUUCUCCACAAUUUAAGCAAAUGAUUGAGAAAAAUUGGAGGAUUUUGAGGAAUGACAUGUCUUUACCCGAAAUAUUUCGCCAACCGCCCAUGAUGUGCUAUAGGAGAAAUAAAAAUUUGAAGGAUCUGUUAGUGAAGACGGACCCUAUACAUUGCUAUGAGGGUAAACAAAAUUUUGUCAACUUGGGUUGUUAUAAAUGCCUGGGCUGUGUCACUUGUGGGCACAUGCUAUCUGGCAAAUCGUUUACCCAUCCCCAUACAGGGAAGAAAUACAUUAUUAGACACCGUUUAACUUGUACCACUGAUUUUGUAAUCUACAAGCUAACCUGCCCUUGUGGACUCACGUAUAUUGGCAAGACGGAUCUACCCUUGCGCGAACGGAUUCGCAAUCAUAGAUCUAGUAUAAGGGUGGCAUACAGAGACCAGAAAUCGGACUUACCUGUGGCCAAACACUUUUUGGAGAAAGGACACAUGCUCCCAACUUUAAAACUGAUGGCAAUUGACCACAUACCUCCUCUUCGUAGGGGAGGCGACCGCAAGAAGUUGUUGUUACAACGAGAACUGUUUUGGAUUAGAACAUUGAGAACAGUAUAUCCAGAAGGUCUUAAUGAAAAAUAUUCUCUGUCUGCAUUUUUAUAAGUAAUACAUUUGUUUUUACAGCGAUGGCAAUGAGAAGAACUAUGUUAUGCCCACCCUGGGGGAUAGGCAUACAGGUUUAUACUUCUCUGGCCACAAUGUAUACUUAUCUCCUUUGGUCAUUAAUUUUGAGAACAUUGGCUGUCCAUCUACGUGAAGGUGUCACCUCUCAUUGACCCGUGGCAACUUGGGUUGAUAGAAUUGUUAUGGGAUAGUUUUGAAAAAAAUUUUUUGUUUAAACAUAUCUAAAAAAUCCCAUCUCCACUCCCUUAUCUUUAAAAGGGUUUGUUUUCAUUGUAAUCAUGAUGUGAGUGGUAAUUUUGGAUAUUUUUCUAGUAAAUUAAUGUGUUAAUAUGGAGAUACACAAUGGAUAUUUUUGGAUUAGGUAAGCCUCAUGUUUAUAUCUAUAUCUAUGUCCUUGAAACUGACCCUUUUCCCGUGUGAUUCUGAUAGGAUUUUUAUUUGGUUAGUUUGACAAGCCUAAUUGUAUAAAUUCGGAGUUAUUGGUAGCUAUGGUUAACUCAGCCGAUGGCUUAUUCAGCCGUUCAGUUUAAUUUAUAUAUUAAACAUGCUGUAAAUAAUAUAAUGGUUAGAUUUAUAUACUGUAGAAAUAAUGUAAAGGUUAUAUCCCCAUGAAAAUAGCGCAAGAUAGUGGAUACAUUGUUUUUAUAAUUAGAGUAGUGUGUUAUAUCACAUUUGUUUUGUUAGGUUGCUAUGGUGACGACCUUUGGCCGCGUCAUUGAACGUGACGCCGUGCGGCUGUCCCGGUCCCGGUCCGGGCGUCCAUGGAGUCAGUCACUUCACAAGUGUGGUGAGUUAUUACUUAUGUUAUGGUAUAAAUGUGGGUUUAUCUGUAUACACAUUAUGUCCUGAUGAAAGCCUAAGGUUAUUGGGCUGAAACGUUGACAUUUUGGAUGUUUGGAAGGUAAUUAAAGCGAACUUUUUUCAAGUCCCUGGAGUGCUAUCUUUGGAAACUUUUUUUGUAUUUUGGCUGACAAGCACCGGGCAUUAUAUUAAUUAAGAAGGUGGAGUGCAAGAUUAUUCUCAAUUUUUAUAUAUAUAUAUAUAUAUAUAUAUAAUAUUGUCCCUACAGAACGAUGGCUGGAGAGUCAAAAAUAUAGCGCUUAUCAGAAGGCCAGAGCAUUUUCAUAAUUUAGGGAAACCGUGCAUGCUUGUCAGGACUUUAAGGGGCAUUUUAGGCACCAUAAUUAUUUUUAGCUUAUUGAACUGGUUAUGGUGCUAGUAUGCCAUCUCUGCUUUCUUUCAGUUCGGUUCCACUUCCUGUAG